GCGUUUUAGUUUCAAAGCUUGCUCUUAGUUCUAAAUCUUGGACCUUCGCGCUCAUCAAUUCCCCUACUUUACGUCAACCUUAUCUACUUCGGGCGAUGUCUUCUGGAUCGAACCUUGCCUCUGCCUUAAUGGGCCCCCCGGUUUGCUCCCUUGUACCUCCCGGAGUCUGCCAGUUUGGCCCAGAUUUUACGGCCGCUUCCUUGUUGGAGCGCAUCAAAGUUUCUCCGACUUCUUCGUUGUUGCGGUUUGGCCUGCCUGAUGCCAACCAGCCCUUGAAUCUCUCCACUUGCGCUUGCAUUCUAGCAAACGCUGAUAUCGACGGCGAAGACGUGACGCGCCCCUACACGCCGAUCAGUACCAACGCUGAUAUUGGUUACUUUGAUAUGCUCAUCAAGGACUACGGAAAAGAUGCCAAAAUGUCGCGCUACAUGUGUGAGGUGCUCCAGCCCGGUGAAGCUGUUAAUUUCAAACAUAUCAAUCCCAACGUGAAGCUCCAGGCGCCCUUUUCCUUCGAUCAUAUACUGAUGCUAGUGGGUGGAACAGGAUUAACACCCAUGGUGCAAGCGUUGCACGCCAUUCUCGGUAGCAUAAAUCCAACCAUCGAUUCCAAGAAACCAAAAGUCACCAUGUUGUACGGAAGCAAGUCGAGUGACGAUAUUCUCGGGAAAGACCUUCUCGAUCAGUGGGCCAAGGACUACCCGGAGCAGUUUAAGCUCAUCACCGUUCUUAGCGAUGAACCAGAGGACUCGGACUGGAAAGGUGAGCGCGGAUACAUUACGAAAGACUUGGUCGCCGACAACUUUCCUUCGCCGGAUGCUGAUAAUCUCCAAGUCUUCGUGUGCGGUCCGCCGCCAAUGUACAACGCCUUGUCCGGA